CCUAGCAUUAGCAUUAGCAGCUAGCUGAUGAGCUAGCGUCACAACACAAACCGGGUCACGUCAAAAACCGAGCUCACCAUCCCUAAAGCCACCAUGGAUCUAGAUAGCAUCCUGUCGCAGCUUAACACGGCCGACGAGGAGGAAAGCGAGAAGCUUCUUCUGCAGUAUAAUCGAGAGAACAGCCUCACCUUCAAAUUUGAACAAAGGGAAGAAACCCUGCGCAGUAAGCUGUGUCAGAGUGUGUUGACCGUACUCGGGAGGCAGGUGCGGCCCAGCUGUCAGAAAACAUGUCUAGAGACGCUCCGCAUCUUGUCCAGAGACAAGCACGUCCUCUCGCCUGUCGCCACCAGGGAGGGCAUGCUGAUCCUGGGGCGGAUGGCGAAGCUGCAGACCGGAGAGGAAGCAGGUGACAACCAAAAGAACUCUCAGGGAGACAGCCGGUCAGACGAGGAGGAGAGGGUGGUUGUGGAGGCGUUGAAGUGCCUAUGCAAUGUGGUUUUCAACAGUCCCGCGGCUCAGCAGGUCAGCGUAGAGGUGGAGCUGGCUCAGGGUCUUUGUAAUAACCUGCGUACAGCCGGCACAUGGAGCCACGAGGUCGGCCUGUUCACACUGCGCCUUCUUUUCCUGCUGUCUGCCCUGAGAGCGGAUUUGAGAGGGGUGUUAAAGAAAGAAUGGGAUGCUGUGAAACUCCUGACCGAGGUGCUGGAGCACACCUUGGAAGUGCGCUGGGUUGGUCCCUAUGAAGCGGCCCCUCCCGACCCGCAGUCCCUGUGCAUGCCUGCAGAAGACAACGAUCGAGCAAUGGAAGCACUCAAGGCCUUGUUCAACCUCACGCUGUCUUACACUCGUGGUGAGGAGGAUGACCACCAGUUCCGACUCAUAGUUGCCAUCCUGCGUCAUCUGUUGAUGCAGAAGACUGAAACUGAGGAGAAAACCGAGGAAGCACACAGCCAUUCUGUCAACUUGCUGAACAAUCUUCCGGUGUCCUGCCUUGACGUGCUGAUUGACCUUCCUAUCCAGGGAGGACAAGAGAAGUAUGGAGGAAAAAACAUGGAUGCAGUCCAGGUGUUACUCGACUUCAUGGAGAAGAGGAUCGACAAGCAGGGCUCCAACUACAAAGAGGGUUUGACUCCGGUGCUCAGCCUUUUGACUGAAGGAUCCAGACACCACAGGGAGAUCCGCAGAUAUAUCAAAGCUCAGGUGCUUCCCCCGUUGAAAGAUGUGAUGAUCAGACCAGAGAUUGGCAGCGCCGUUCGAAAUAAGCUGGUUCGCCUUAUGACACACGUGGACAUGGGAGUGAAGCAGAUGGCGGCAGAGUUUCUCUUUGUCCUGUGUAAAGAAAGUGUGGACAACCUGUUGAAGUACACAGGAUACGGCAACGCAGCAGGACUCCUGGUGGCUCGAGGACUUCUUGCAGGAGGGAGGGGAGAGACUCAGUACUCUGAGGAUGAAGACUCCGAUACGGAGGAGUACAAAACUGCAAAACCUUUCAUCAACCCCAUCACCGGUCACGUCGAGGAGCCAAUGCCGAACCCCAUCGAAGAGAUGUCGGAGGAGCAGAAGGAGUAUGAAGCACAAAUACUGUUCAAUAUGUUUGAAGAGUUAUCAAGGCAGAACAUGAUCCGGCCGAUGGGGGUCAGACCCGACGGGACGUUAGCACCUCUUGAGGAAACUCUCUGUGAUCCGAACGCUGGAGACUCAGGAUUAGACUCUGACUAGCGCACUGAACAUCCAGGCAGAGUGAGCUCACCAGGGCCCUCAAACACCUAAAAACUGUGUUCCAUCUCAAGAACCUGGUCCUUUUGGAGCUGAACGUGUGUCUUUAUAUUCAAAUUUAUUUCUGCCUCAUAUAUUACAACCUACGGUGUGUAGAUGAUUAUGUGCUUUGGUAGCGUAACAUUUAUACAUUUUCCAGUUGCUGAUUACUCCCUGAAUGCAAUUUUCAAAAUAAGUAGUUCAAAUCACGAUCACUCAAACACACUCUUUAACAACUCAGCAGUGUGAGACAAAGCAGGAUGCUUGUUCUACGCCUCAUACAAAGGUUAAGCUGUUCUGAUUAUUCAGCCUUCUGAUGAUCUGGGUCUGAACUGGGACACAACUCAUCAUGUUAGAGGAAACCACAAAGUCCUGGCCGUAGCCCAAAGCCACUCUUAAAGAGAGAGACACCGCAGUGACAUCAUAAUGCACCUUCACUGUUUAUUUUAUUGCUUCCAUAGUUAAGUUAAGAAAAUAGUUAAAAAUAUAAGUUGUGCUGGAUCUUGUGUAUCACAUUGAAAGCGCUGUUGUUAUGGUGUAAGUGAAUCUGAAUAAUCAUUCCUUUGUGCUUUUUGCUUUUCACAAACGUUUUUCUUAUUUAUGCUCUUAUUGUUUCUUAUAUUCACUAAUUGUUUUUUCGUAAUAAUGAAGUGCACAUUAUAAACACACCAGGAAAUCACUGUAAACUGAAAGUCUAGGUCUAGGUUUUAAAAUCAUGAGGCCUCUUUAGUGUGGACUGCAUGGUUGAGGAAUUCUAUGACUAUUUCUAUUUUUGAUUUGUGACAAAAAGAAAUGUGUAAAGCUGCAAUGAUUGUUUUCUAAAUCGUGUUCCUUUUUGCCAAAUCUGCAUGAAAUCAGUUCUCUGGAAUGUCUUUUUUUUUUUUUAAUGAAUCCACAAGUUUCCUUACUCUGAAAAAUGUGUCAUGUUGGUUUAAUGUUUUUGUUUUUAUUAUGGUCUAGAAAAACUGAAUAUGGCUUUAAGCAGAGAACAUGUUCAUUAAAGAAUCUGUGACAGUUAACAUGUUCAAUAGUGAAUCACCAUAAGCAGACGUGUCAGCACUACUGCUCACACCCACAUAAUCCAGAUCAGUGGUGAAAAAGAUCGACAUUAUCUGGACUUCUUUUAACUAAACUUGAUUCCUGGGGGUUUGCUGUGACAAAUCAAAAUAUUUACGUUACCAGCAAUGAGUAGGUCACAUAUACAGAUGGGUUAUAAAUUAAAAUGGAAAGAAACAGCACAAGUGUCUUACUGAGGUGUUGUAUCACCACACACCUGGAACAACUUUGGAACAAUUUAAAGGCCAACAAAACAUUCAGUUAAUCUGCCAGUUGUUGUCUUUAGGUUUAUCCCUUUUUAUUUGUCAUGCAUCUGUAAAUUUGUUGAUUUUACCUUAUCUGUGUGAAUGCCUUCUUUUUCCCCCAAUCAUUCAUCAAAUACUUUUUUUUUUUUUGACAAACUGUAUAUAAACACACAACUUGUUUAUCUAAUGAGGCCUCUACUGAAAUGUUAAUAAAAUGCAUGUAAGUA